AUGAAACAUUCGAAUGAACGAAAGAGCAUCCAUCCAUCCAUCUGUCCGUCCAUCCAUCAAUCCAUCCGUCCGUCCAUCCAUCCGCCAAUACAUAGAUCCAUCCGUUCGUCUGUCCAUCAAUCAAUCCAUAUAUCCAUCCGUCCGUCUGCCCUUCCCUCCCUCUCUCUCUCCGACUGUUCGUCCGUUUAUCCCAUUAAUCCAUUCCUCCCUCAAACCCUCCGUGCGUCCGCCCAUCCAUCCCACCCUCCCUCCAUCCAUCUGUCCGUCCAUCCACCCAUCCAUCCGGUAAUCCAUCCAUAUAUCCAUCCAUCCGUCCCUCCCUCAAUUCUUCCAUCCGUCUGUCCAUUCAUCAAUCAAUCAAUUCAUCCUCCCAUUCAUCCCUCGGUCCGUCCAUCAAUCCAUCCAUCCGUCCCUCCAUCCAUCCAUCCGUCCUCUCAUCUAUCCAUUCCUCCCUCCCUCCCUCUAUCCCUCCCUCAAUCCACCCAUCCGCGCAUCCACCAGUUCAUCCAUCCAUCCGUCAGUCCAUCCAUCCAUCCGUCUGUCCCAACAUCCGUCCAUCCAUCUGCCCGUCCAUCCAUCAAUCCAUCCAUUCAUAUACAUCGCACUGGUCACAGUGCUAACGUAAAAUAUCUCAGGCGGGAAACCCAAUACUUGAAACAUGAAACAUUCGAACGAGCGAACAUCCAUCCAUCCGUCCAUCCAUCCUUCCAUCCAUCAAUCCAUUCGUCCAUUCCUCCGUCUAUCCAUCCUUCCAAUUAUCCAUCCAUCCAUAUCCAUCCAUCCAUCCAUCUAUCCAUCCGUCCAUCCAUCCUUCCAUCCCUCCCUCUAUCCAUUCAUCCAUCCGUUCGUCCAUCCAUCCGUCCAUCCAGUCAUUCAUCUGUCUAUCCAUUCAUCCAUCCAGCCGCCAGUUCGUCCAUUCAUCCAUCCAUCCGUUCGUCAGUCCAUCCAUCUAUCCAGUCAUCCAUCCGUCCAUCUAUCAAUCCAUAA